AUGAAUUCUAUCUUUAAAUCUUGCGACAUUUGUACAUUACACCAGUCUGUCAAAGGCACCUCCAUGUCAAAGGCAGUAGGAACUCCAUCAGUCAUUGGUAGAUCAAAGGUAGGGAUCCAGUUAAUUUUUUGUAAAAUGUUUAUGAAUUCCAUCUUUAAAUCUUGCGACAUUUGUACAUUACACCACUCUGUCAAAGGCACCUCCAUGUCAAAGGCAGUAGGAACUCCAUCAGUCAUUGGUGGAUCAAAGGUAGGGAUCCAGUUUAUUUUUUGUAAAAUGUUUAUGAAUUCUAUCUUUAAAUCUUGCGUCAUUUGUACAUUACACCACUCUGUCAAAGGCACCUCCUUGUCAAAGGCAGUAGGAACUCCAUCAGUCAUUGGUGAAUCAAAGGUGGGGAUCCAGUUAAUUUUUUGUAAAAUGUUUAUGAAUUCUAUCUUUAAAUCUUGCGACAUUUGUACAUUACACCAGUCUGUCAAAGGCACCUCCAUGUCAAAGGCAGUAGGAACUCCAUCAGUCAUUGGUGGAUCAAAGGUAGGGAUCCAGUUAAUUUUUUGUAAAAUGUUUAUGAAUUCCAUCUUUAAAUCUUGCGACAUUUGUACAUUACACCACUCUGUCAAAGGCACCUCCAUGUCAAAGGCAGUAGGAACUCCAUCAGUCAUUGGUGGAUCAAAGGUAGGGAUCCAGUUAAUUUUUUGUAAAAUGUUUAUGAAUUCUAUCUUUAAAUCUUGCGACAUUUGUACAUUACACCAGUCUGUCAAAGGCACCUCCAUGUCAAAGGCAGUAGGAACUCCAUCAGUCAUUGGUAGAUCAAAGGUAGGAUCUUGCGACAUUUGUACAUUACACCACUCUGUCAAAGGCACCUCCAUGUCAAAGGCAGUAUCAACUCCAUCAGUCAUUGGUGGAUCAAAGGUAGGAUCUUGCGACAUUUGUACAUUACACGACUCUGUCAAAGGCACCUCCAUGUCAAAGGCAGUAUCAACUCCAUCAGUCAUUGGCGGAUCAAAGGUAGGAUCUUGCGACAUUUGUACAUUACACCACUCUGUCAAAGGCACCUCCAUGUCAAAGGCAGUAUCAACUCCAUCAGUCAUUGGUGGAUCAAAGGUAGGAUCUUGCGACAUUUGUACAUUACACCACUCUGUCAAAGGCACCUCCAUGUCAAAGGCAGUAUCAACUCCAUCAGUCAUUGGCGGAUCAAAGGUAGGAUCUUGCGACAUUUGUACAUUACACCACUCUGUCAAAGGCACCUCCAUGUCAAAGGCAGUAUCAACUCCAUCAGUCAUUGGCGGAUCAAAGGUAGGAUCUUGCGACAUUUGUACAUUACACCACUCUGUCAAAGGCACCUCCAUGUCAAAGGCAGUAUCAACUCCAUCAGUCAUUGGCGGAUCAAAGGUAGGGAUCCAGUUUAUUUUUUGUAAAAUGUUUAUGAAUUCUAUCUUUAAAUCUUGCGUCAUUUGUACAUUACACCAUUCUGUCAAAGGCACCUCCUUGUCAAAGGCAGUAGGAACUCCAUCAGUCAUUGGUGAAUCAAAGGUGGGGAUCCAGUUAAUUUUUUGUAAAAUGUUUAUGAAUUCUAUCUUUAAAUCUUGCGACAUUUGUACAUUACACCAGUCUGUCAAAGGCACCUCCAUGUCAAAGGCAGUAGGAACUCCAUCAGUCAUUGGUGGAUCAAAGGUAGGGUAA